UGCUCUAAAGAAGGAUUUCCUUGGAAUCCUAUCUGAUUUGAGUAAAAUUAGUGAAUAAUUUUUUUAUGAGUCCAUCCAUGCUUAAAUCAAAUAAGCCAUCUGCCAACCUAAUAAAAAUCACAAAUCACCAACUUAGUUUACUCAGUAAUUAUCAAUCACUCGACAAUGACACGUCGUUCCCAUCAGAAUACCCCGUCGUCGUCAAUCAACAUUCGACUAAUUCCAUUUCAACUGGCUGGACUUUGUCCAUUUUCACCGACCUCCCCAGCGCUGACCAUUGCCCUGCUAGUUUGGACCUUCGCAAAUCUGACUUUGGUUGUCAUCCUGCUCGUCAAAGUGACUGGCAGUGCCAGUUUACUUUUCAUGGAUCCGGACGGUGGCAAAGGCCACCAGCUGAAUCCGAUCCUGCUAAUUAAAUCAUCAUUUACAAUCGCCGCCCACGUGCUCGUCCUGGUCGAAACGCUGAUUCAGCACGUCACAUUCCGACGGGUUGAGGAACGACUCGAGUCAACGGACGAUUCCCUGUCGAUGGUGGGCUCCAAAAGUGGCCCCAGCCAGCGAAAGUUGCUGUUCUAUCUUGUGAUCUGUGCCACGUCGGAAGUUGGCAAUUUUUGGCUGGCCCAGCCCUUGUAUCGUACGGCCUGGUACACGACCGUAGCAUCCCAAGCAGUUAUCCGGCUCAAACAUCUCCAGCACAUGCAGUACGUCGAAGGACUCAGCAUCCGGUUUCGAGUGUUGAAAAAACAACUCCAACAGUUUGUCACCACCACGAACGCCGCAAAGGACGAAGAAAAAGCUCGUUAUUCUGGAGGGAAAUUCGCUUCGCAUGCAAAACAGCAACAUUCCAUCGACGGCAACCUGCCGGACUGUUUGCGGAAAGUUUUCAUUAUCAAAAGCACGUACCUGGCGCUUUGGGACGCGGGACAACUGCUGGCCGGGGCCUUCACCCUGGCCCAGCUGGCCAAUCUGCUCCAGAACUUUGUCCAGUGCACAUGUGACCUGUACACCAUAUAUUCCCAUCUGUAUCGCAACGACCACCACUUUGGGGACAUUUUCGACACAGUUUUGGGACUGAUUCCUACGCUGGUCGCGUUGCUGUUGGUGCUCGGCAGUUGUGAAGCGUGCAGGACGCAGGUUCGAGAAGUAAGAAUUUUAUCUCAUCAAAUGAAAACACAUCCUCUCUCAGCACAGGUUAGAACCAAAAGUUUGUUCACAUUGAACCCAUUUCAACAGUAUCACACUUUUAUAGGUAGAAAAUCUCCAUCUCCAAAUUAUGCACCUUCCGAUAGAAUUUGAAGUAGGAGGAUUGCUCCAAAUGGGGUUUUCAUUCCUAAAAGAGAUGGUUGCUGCAAUUUCCGUUUACAUGGUUAUAUUUAUUCAAUUCAUGCCGAAAGAAAUAUGAAAGUUUUUGAAAAGGCAAUCAAAUUGUGAUGGAAAAUAAAAAAAACAUUUUGUCAAAUUUUC